GUUCAUCUCUAUCCACAACCACCGUAGCUGCACAUUCCGCAUCCGCGGCUCCGCCCAAACCAACGAACAGCAGCCGUCGCCCAAACUCAGCCACCUCAGACGAGUCAGCCCUCACCUCCCUUUCCUUCCCCGUCGGCCGUCGCGCCGUCGUCGCCUCCGUUUGUGCUUUGCUGGAGUUGGAGAUGCCAUCGACCACCUGUACACUCCAUUGAGCAGGGAUAGAUUGUGGUGAUUGAAGCGUCCCAAGUUGCAAGCCCAUACAAUGCAGGGCAUCUCUAUAUGUGGUUCAGUUGCUUCACCCCACAGAACAAAUUGCAGAAGGGCUUGUGUUGCAAGGAACGGGCUGAAGCUGCCAUGUGAGAUUAAUGCAGUAAGCCAUGGAGCUUACUCAUGCCACUGGCACAUGAAUAAACUACACAUAAAGACCAGUGGCAGGAGAAUGAAUGCUGCCAUUAGAACUAAUGCUAGAUGGUUGUUUGGAGGAGAAGGGCGUAGCAGUGAUGCAAGGCUGGAGCGCAGUGAGUCUGCUAAUGAAGAUAUCUUGAUCUUCUACUUCCAGAUGGAUUUACAGACCCGGAUACAAUAUGCAUUGAAUAUAGAACAAUUUGAUGUGGCAAAACAAUUGAGGGAAAAACUCACUGAGAUUGAAACGGAAAUAAUUAGGCAACGUGAAGCUAAAAGAGGUUCAUCAAAGACUGAAGCUCAGGACAAAGCUCUGAACCUUUUACGUGUACGUGCAGACUUGCAGAAAGCUAUUGACAGUGAAAACUAUGCUUUGGCAGCUAGUCUGCGUGAUGAAAUCGCCAAACUUGAGGCCGAAUCUCUUGCUGUAUCUGCUAAAGCUCUUGCUUAUCAGAAUGUGAAAUAUGCGUUUCGACUAGGGCAGAAAGUACGUCACAAGGUACAUGGAUAUAGAGGUGUGAUAUGUGGCAUGGAUCCUGUGUGCUGUGAAUCCAAGUCAUGGAUGGAGACAGCAAAUGUGGAGAAGCUGUCUAAAGGUCCAAAUCAACCAUUUUACCAGGUCCUGGUUGAUGUAUAUGUUGAUCCAGAACUACUUGUUGCAUAUGUGGCAGAAGAAAAUCUGUCAGCAGCUGAAGAAUCAGAGAAAGGAAGGUUUGAUCACCCCUACGUUGAAUUUCUAUUCUAUGGUGAGGAUACGGCAGGGGACUUCAUUCCUAUCAAACAACUCCGUGAGAAGUAUGACCAGCCACGUUAUGAAGCUUCCGGAGAUGAAAGUGAUGAUGAUGGCGACACAAACAGCUGAAGAGCAAGUGCCUUCAUGUAGCUAGAGUUGUUUUGGAACCACUCUGAUUCACCACCAUCAGCUGAGAUGUGAAUUGAUGAAGUAUCUGGUACCAGGGCAGAUGGCAUACGUAAUGCAAUAAGACCAUUGGAGAAAUGCUCAUCAGCGGUAAGCUGCAGUGAAUAAACUACAUAUCACCCUUGCAGAUUGGAGGUUACUCUUCUACAGUUAUACCAUCACCAAUCAAUGAAGCCGUGCUUUAGAGAAGUUACAUCUGCCUUGCUUUUACGUUAUACUGUCGACGGGUGCAAAAGCAAAAAAGAAGAAGAAAAAAUAUAUCCUUGUAGAUGCUGUGUACAGUUCUUCCGUAUAUCACCUCAUUUUGUGUACCCUCUUAUGGAUAAUUGUGUAUAUGUCCUACUUGCAACUUCAGUGGAGUUCAGAAUAAUUUUGCGUGAGGCUUCGCAUGCAGUUGUUUGGACUCCGCUUUCGUGGAAACAACAGAACUGCUUGUGCAAGCCUUUCUUUUGGAAUAGAUUACCGGAGAGUUGCUUGUUGCUGA